UCUUGAUAGUGAAGGGGCGGAAGCUGGGUGCUACGGAGCAGCGGAAGCGAAAACGGACGAGGGAUGCUCAUCUUUAAGGUGAGAUUCAUCGGGAAAUAAGGAUAAUUAAUCUCAAGUAAAUGCAGACAGAUGUUGCUGGGCGUCUACUGCUUUACAGCAGAAGGGAAGGACACUGGCUGACACUGAAUAGGCAAACAGCAUGCGGUGACUGAAGCCUGAAGGCGCAGUGUGUCCAGUGGCAGCAGCAGGCAUCUAGCUUAGAUGAAGGAUGAAGAGCCCUGUGCACAGAUGCAGGGAUGUAGAGCAUGGGCGUGGGCAGGCCGGGGAUGGAGCAGGAGUCAACUGCCUGCAGGCUGAGCAGCGCAUCCCAAUCUCCAAAGAUGUUAUCACCUCCUCCUCUGCCUCUGCCAUGUGGUUCAUCAGGGAUGCCUGUGGCAUUGUCUGCGCUGUCAUCACCUGGCUGCUGGUGUUGUAUGCUGAGUUUGUGGUGCUCUUUGUGAUGCUGCUGCCCUCCAAGAAUCUGACAUACAGCAUUGUGAAUGGGACCCUGUUUAACAUUCUGGCCUUCCUUGCCCUCGCCUCACAUCUCAGGGCCAUGUGCACUGAUCCUGGGGCGGUGCCAAAAGGGAAUGCUACCAAGGAAUACAUAGAAAGCCUUCAGCUGAAACCAGGGCAGGUGGUCUACAAAUGUCCCAAGUGCUGCAGCAUCAAGCCUGACAGAGCACACCACUGCAGUGUUUGUAAACGCUGCAUACGCAAGAUGGACCACCACUGCCCCUGGGUCAAUAACUGUGUUGGGGAGAACAAUCAAAAGUACUUUGUCCUCUUCACAAUGUACAUUGCACUCAUCUCUCUCCACGCUCUGGUCAUGGUAGUCUUCCAUUUCCUCUACUGCUUUGAAGAUGAUUGGACAAAGUGCAGUUCCUUCUCUCCCCCAACAACAGUCAUCCUCCUUAUACUCCUGUGCUUUGAGGGUCUCCUCUUCCUCAUCUUCACCUCUGUGAUGUUCGGCACCCAAGUCCACUCCAUUUGUACAGACGAGACCGGUAUAGAGCAAUUGAAAAAGGAAGAGAGAAGAUGGGCUAAAAAAACUAAGUGGAUGAACAUGAGGGCGGUAUUUGGACACCCCUUCUCCUUAUUGUGGUUUAGUCCCUUCUCCACCCCUGACCAUGGGAAGGCUGAGACAUACCAGUAUGUGGUGUGAGAACUCAGCACAGGGAACAAGGCAGCCGGGUCAAAGCCAGAGUGGGAGGCCAAGCCCAGCCCCACUGGGCAGAGCUAUGGCAUUUGGUUGCUCACAGUGCUGAACGUGAUGUACACUGUCCAUGGACAGCUUUUCAUAUGCUUUUUAUGUUGCCAAAUGAAAUGUGCUAAACGUUUAUUUUGUGUUUGUGCUGAGUAAGUCAAGUUGCAAAGAAAAACUUUUGAGUUUGUGAAUCCUGUUUGCAAACACUGUGGUGAAUCUGUUCUUUUUCUGAUCUACUUCUGUUUCUUCUGUUGUAUCAGAAGCCUUCUUUUUUCUUCCUCUGUGUCUUUUCUUGCUAUCCUACAAAGGGUAAAAAAAAAACAAACAUAUUUUAUCCUUUCCCUGGUGGUGUCUGGCCAUGUGGAUAGUUUCAGUUUUUGGUAUUGAAAGACAUCUACCACUGAAAUUUCUACUGCUGUCCCAAUGCAAUUGAAUCAAAUAUUUCAGUUUACUUCUGUAGAAGACUAACAAAACCAACAACCAAUGUUAUUUCAGUAGAUAUAAGCAAAUUGUCAAGUUUUUUCAGAUAUCAUUUUUCAAAGCUCAGAAGCACAAAGAAAAGAUUCAACAGAGGUAAGGGGUAAAAUAUGUCCUUUUGUAAUUUGGAAUUAAUUGACCUUCUCUAUCUUCCUCUUGUUAGACAGUAGUCAUUACUGUGUUCCAGACAUGGACAAAAUAAACUUGAUAAGAUUCAGGAUAAAGGUUUUUAUAAUUAAACAUCUUGUGGCAGCCAUUGUGCAAAAGACCAGUCCUUUUAAACGGUGCCAAAUACAGCACAUAAAGGAACAGUUUUCCAUCAUUAUUGUGGAUUUUUGGUUGAUUAUGGUCGUGGAGAUAUUUUUUAUAUUUUUCUGUCAAAUCCUGGUUUGAUCACUGAUUCCACUUUUUCCCUACCCUGUUAGCAUUUCUGUCUCACAUUACUGGCUUCCACUGAAAAACUACAUACAAGACCAAACAGAGUCAAAUUGCACCUCACUUUGGUCUUAGCAAGUUUUAUUGAGUCAUUAUUUAAACACUCAUUGAGGAAAUGAAAUGGUUUCUGUCAGUACAAAUGUCAAUUUCAGAUUGUUUUAUUAAAAAAAAAAAAGCAAAACAUUAGAAUGUUGUUGGCAGGCUGUCAGCAACCAUGUUGUGACAUAUGUUAAUUCUCCAUUUUUUGAAUAGUUUGGCCUCUUGCUGUAACGCCAACACCCACUGUGUGUGUGCGCAUGAUCAGUUGCCAGUAAAACAGCCCCUGUGCUCUAAACCCAUGUGGUGUUUUAUUAAUGUUAUGAGCGUGCACCAAAUUCAAUAGAUGAUAAAAAUGGCUUCAAAACUGUCUCUGCAGGAGUAAACCUCUUAAAUCCUGUGUGGAGUUAAAGGGAAGCACUGCAUAAAAUUGUGUAACUCCUACAUACAGUCUGUUAUGCAGUUUUGGAGUAUUGGCUGGACUGUAUUUCUGAGCUCUUCCAGACUACUUCAAAGCAUUUAACAAAGAGUUAACUUUCACCAUUCGCAUUUACACAAGUACUAAAUGGCUAAUUCGCACAUUGUAUUUAUCAUUGAAGAUUUUCUCCUGUGUGCACUGCUCUCUGUUCUACAGCGUGCAUUUUAUUCUUCUAUUCUUUGUUUUCAUGAUAUUGUAUGUAUCCUCAGUAUCUGAAUGCAUGGUGCGGGUGAAGACUACUUUGUUGAUGUAUGUGAAACACUGCUGGUAUGAUGGUGCAGAGUGAUGAUGGAGAUGAUUUGUUUUUUACAGAAAUUUAAAUUCUUUCUAAAUAUUCUGAAGCUAUUUCAGCACACACGCAGAGAAUAAAUACUUCUCAGUUGCAACGCCAAA